CCUCUGAUCUCCAUAGAUCACUGAAUAUGUCAACAAAAUCCAAAAUAAUGAAAAUAUUGCAGAAGUGAAAAAAAUCGUUUUAAUUCGCAUACGAAAUUACAUACAAGUCAAAUCAAGCUGAAAGCAGUUUGGUAUGUCAUUACAGAUUAAAAGAUGUCCAAAAUAUUCAUUAUUCAUGGUCAACCAGCUUGCCAGACAAGUUAGAAAUGUAUCCUAUAUCCAAGGUCAGAGUCCCUCGCCAAAUGUUCGCGAAUAUUUUUAUUACAUUGACCAUCAAGGACAGGUGAGACUUAAAAAACGUUUCAAAACAAUGCAUGGAAAUUGUUAUGAAGAUGUAAAUAUAAAUUGACAACCAUGAGCCCCCUCCCCCUGGAUUUGGGAACUUAAAGAUGAUGUCCACUCCUGUGCGCAUGCGCAAACUUUGUUUACGUUUUGAACUGCAAUAUUUGUAAAAUAUGAUGUACUAACUGAAUAUCUAAUAUUUUUCAUGUUUGUAAAUGAAUAUAAACUCUAAGUUUCAAUUCAAAAAAGCCCUCAAUUCAGCCCUUAGGUUAGUUGCAGGAUGACCAUCUGCCACACAAGCUAGCUUCAAAGUUGCCCAAAGUGCUGAUGUGGAGAGGGGAGAUUGGGAAGUUUGUCCCCAGGGUACAUUUUCCCCAUAUAAAAUUAUUUGUUAUAUUUAGCUAUUUCUUCAUGAUGCAAGAUUGAAAAACUUCAUUACCUGUUUUAAAGGUUUGUACUUACAGGGUUGUUAAAACUAUAGAAUGUAAAACUGGUUUAUUGGAGGUGCCCCCUUAAGUCCACCCCUCCCAACUCCUUUCCAAGGUGUCCAUAAGAGAAGUACUACUUACACAUUGUGUAUUUUUUCCUUUAGAAAAAAAAUUCCUGACAUUUUUCUUCAGACGUUUGAAAAUGAACAACACUGGACGAUAUGAAGAGUUCCCUUACAUUUCACCUUGUGGAAAAGAAUUUAACUACAUACAAUGUGACGACAGACCAAUUGUCUAUACCUCUAUAACAAACAGCUCUGAUAACACACAGGAAUUAUUAGACAUUAAUGGAACGGAGAAACUGACCUAUCCUUUUCAACCUGAAAAGAUAUGCAUGUUCCCAGAGACUGGACGUAUAUAUCACCCGGCUGAUGAGAAAUAUGGAGGGGUGGGGCUUAUUAAAUCAAGCCUCGGUAUCGAACUCAGUCACUGUUUUGAAUAUAGGGACAGAGAUAACGAAAGAGAACCUCCUUCACAUUUUAACUGGAAUGGAAAAACAUAUGAACUUGAUAACUCACUAUGGAGUGAAAUAUUAACUGUAAAAUGAAACAGAAAAUCUUAAUUGAAUUACAUAUCAUGUUUCUUGUAAAUAUGCGUUUAAUUUAGUUUCUAUUUUCUCUUUAUAUAUAUAUACUAUAAGUUGUAUAAAAAUAAGUCAUUACUACAUUAUAAUUAUAUGUUUACAUAAUUAUUUCUACUCUUUUUCAAACGUUUUCUGAUCAACUAAGACAAAAACAUAAAAUCAACAGAAAUAUACAAAGAAAAUCCCUAUGUACUAAAAAACAAGAUUUGCCUUGAGAAUCUUCUUUGAAACACUUAGAAAAAGUCAUGCAUGUUAGACAUUGUUACACAAUAUUUUCGACGGAAAAGUUGCUACGUGAUUCUUGGUGCAUGGUAGUGAAAUGCAGAAGACAGGAAUGUUGACUGCGCUAAAUAAGAAACUACUACAUUGAACGGAAAGAAUGAACAUUAUUUCCUCACUCUGAUAACUGUAUGACUGUAGGUAAUUGACCACCAACCAGUUGAUUACCGUCGCUUUAUGGUGAAACUGUCGCUCUAAGAAACUGGUGGAUUUCCUGACCAGUCUGUUCUGGGUUCCUCAUUUAGGCCACGUAAAAAAACAGUUGGUGAUCGUCCUUUACUUUUGCCAAAAGUUUUUUAAAGAAAAAAAUCCUGAGUGAGCUCUUUUUUAUGGGCGGCGGGGACCACCUUAACGUAAGGUGUAUAUUGACUAUAUACAAUAAAAUUUGAAACAAUGCACUACGUCUUUAACUACACUAGGUUUUCUCUUCAGGUUUACUAAAUAUUUGAACCGAGCCUUUUUUAACCCAUGAUAGUCCUGAUGACUGCGCAUUUCGACUUGUGGAACUAUCAGUCUUUUCCU